GCGGAGAAUCAAAUCGCAUCAGUGGGCGACUGCAAACACACGCAGCCUCCUCUCUGUCUCUCCUGCCGCUGUCAUCAGGGACAAAAACCACCAGUAAACACUCACCACACCUGGAUCUAUCUCUCAAAGCCGUAUAUUUUCACCUGAUGUGAGAGAGUGUUUUACAGGGAGCAGUGAUGGGCGCGUUUGGAGUGAUUCUGAGGAGUUUACAUUGUAUGGGACUCUAUAUCCAACUUAGUGCCAGUCUCAGACAAGCUGGAAGCGACGACGUGGAGAACCACAUAUCCAGCAACGCGGUCUUCACAGAGGUCCCUCAUGACAUCACGGCACAGAGCGGGCAGGACGUGGAGAUGGCCUGCUCGUUUCGAGGGGCGGGCUCGCCGUCCUAUUCACUGGAGAUUCAGUGGUGGUACAUCAGGAACCACAGAGAAUGGACGGACAAGCAGACGUGGACCACCAAUCAGGUGGUGCCACAGAAUGAGAUGUCAAAGGACGCCACCAAAAUCAGUGUGGUGAAGGUUGCCGGAAGCAACAUCUCCCACAAGCUCCGUCUGUCCAACGUCAAGCCGUCAGACGAGGGCACGUACGAAUGCCGCGUCAUCGACUUCAGCGACAGCAAGCUGCGUCACCAUCGCGUGCGGGCGUACCUGCAGGUGGAGCGUGCGGAGGGGAACGCGGCUCCUCCGUCCCAUCAGGGGGCAACGUCUCAAGAGGAAGUCCUGCAGUCUGACCACCACAAGCACCAGCCGGCCCACCACGCUCACCACAAACCCGGCCGAGAGCUCAGGAAGAGGUCCGCUGAUGAUAGUACCGUUGACUGCACGGAGAGCUGUGUACUUUAGGUUCCUCUUAACUGCCCCGUACACCCACAUCAUUCCUUACACCGACCCCUAAAGUUGGGAUAGUUCAUCCAAAAAUGAAACAUUUCUCAUUUUCUCACCCUCAUGUUAUUCCAAAACCCAUAUGACCGACUUUCUUAAGGGAUAGUUCACCCAAAAAUGGAAAUUUUGUCAUCAUUUACUCGCACUCAUGUUGUUCCAAACCUGUACAAGUUUCUUUCUUCUUCUGAACACAAAAGAAGAUAUUUUGGUAACCAGACAGUUGACGGUAGCCAUUGACUUCCAUAGUAUUUUUUUUCCUACUAUGAAAGUCAAUGGGUGCCGUCAACUGUUUGGUUUCCAACGUUCUUCAAAAUAUCUUCUUUUGUGUUCAGCAGAAGAAAGAAACUCAUACAGGUUUGGAACAACAUGAAGAUAAAUGAUAGAAUUUUCAUUUUUUUGGUGAACUAUCCCUUUAUGUAAAAACAAAAUAAAACAUUUAAGCUUUUUUAGAGCUUUAUUUUAGUUUAGUAUUUUAUUUUAUUAGCUCCUGGUCAGUGUCUUUUUAACGAGCAGCUUAGACAUUCUGCAAAAUAAAUAAUUUUGUGUUUUAUAGAGUAAAACAGGUUUGAACACGAGGGUUGAGAGAAUAAAUAAAAACAAAAUUUUCAUUUUCGAGUGAACUAUCCUUUUAACAACUAAUGUAUAUUUCUGUAUAAAUCCGAAGGUAGAUGUCUGUUCAGAACAGCGAGUGCAUGUGACAAACGUUUCUAAUAAUAUUUGCCAAUGAGCAAGAAACCAAAUUGGACAGUUGAUUUAAACUCUUUGGUCAUUCUUAGUUUGAUCAGAUUCAUGUUUUGAUAUGAUGUAGACGGCUAGAAGCGGCAGAACAAACGUGAAUGUUUGAAAUAUUCUUCAUCAGGUCUAAACGAUGACAUUUACAUGCUGUAAUAUUACUAUCAUUGUUUACAUGUAUAAUGUUACAGGCACCAGUCUGAGGGUUUUUCUGGACUGGCAGCAUCGUUGGCACAAGUGCGAUUUGAUAGGUGCCAGCUUUUGCAAAUAUGUUUCAUGAAGCUUUUGUGUCGAUGGAAGGAUGGUGCACACACAAUAUUACGAUGUUUUGUGGUUUUUAUGCAGCUUUAAAAGAUCUUGAAAACACUCACAAUAUGUUCAAUGGUAUUAAUGAUGGCUUCGUUUCUGGUUUCUUUGAUUUUUAUGGUUUGAUUCAAUUGUUUUUUGUUUCUGAAAGUAAUACAUGUACAGAUUGUGUAUAUUACAAUAAUCCUAUAAAAGACUGGUUUCACCUUCAAUGUAUGCCUUUAUCAAAUAAAUAAAAACAUUGUACAUUGAUCAUA